ACUUCCCGGCUAUAUUGAGCCCUCAAUGUCCUUGAUGUAUAGUCACCUCUCUUGAUCAUGAAAUCUUCAUGGCUGCUAUGUUGUUACUCUUUCCUUGCAAUUUUGAAUACUUCUAGAAAUUUCAUUGUCAUUGCGGCAGAUGGAUGCAAGGAAAUGGAUUUCAAAGUAACAUUACAAGGAAAGACGUUAGCAAACCACGUCUUCAAAACAGUACGAGCCACGAACGAUGCGCACUGCGAAUCCCAGUGUUUCUUGGAUGAUCGCUGUAUAUCUUACGGCUUUGGCACAAGUGCGAGUGGAGAGAACUACAGGUGUGAGCUGAGUGACUCGGAUCACUUUAUGCACCCUGAUGAUAUAGUGGACAGACCUGGUGUCAUCUACAGAAGCGCUCAAAACACUUGUACAUGCAAAGGGAAGCAAUACUGCAAAUAUGACUUCAUCACGAACACAGGGCUUUGUUUAUGCUAUCCAGGAUUCACUGGGACAAACUGUGACAUUAAUAUCAAUGAGUGCUCAAGCAUUCCCUGUCAAAAUAGUGGAUCUUGUGUAGACAAGGUGAAUGGCUAUGAAUGUAAAUGCCUUGCUGGGACGUCUGGAGUGAACUGCGAAACAAACUUCGAUGAUUGCAGCCCUAAUCCAUGCCGGAACCUCGGCUCAUGUUCCGACAAAAUCAAUGAUUUUGAGUGCUCCUGCAUUCUAGGGUUUGGAGGAAAAACAUGUAAUCUCGAUAUUAGAUACUGCGAGAAUAACCCAAACCCUUGCCGUGAUGGAGCAAGCUGUAUUAGUAUGUUACUUUAUUUUAAGUGCCAAUGUCCGAAUGGAUUAACUUAUGAAUACGACGAUCAACAAUGUGAGUAAUGGCACAAAAGUAAAUAGUAGAGUACUUGCACUAAAGCCGUGAAACAAAUACUAUGUACUUAUUGACUGAGUUAGGUCGGGCGGUAAGGGAAAAUAUU